GCGGCUGGACGACCAGGCGAGCGACGCCUUCCGGGACCGGGCCGGGCUCCUGCUGUCGCGGAGGGCGGCGGCGGGCCUGCGGCUGCAGGACCCCCGCGCCGCGCUGCGCGACGCGCUGGCCUCCCUGGACCUGGUGAGGUGGCUCGACGACGCGCUGACCGCCUGGGAGGCCUGGCGCCAGGCCGGCGGCGACCUGGCGCUGCCAGAGCCCAGGCACCUGCCCGCGGACAGGUACCUCGGGGGCCUCGACGAGGAGGCUCGCGAGGAGGUCCUCAAGGCCUACCUGCCGGAGGAGUUCCGGCCGCAGGGCGGCACGGGGGUCAUCCACGACCCCAGGGAGUGCCUGCAGCUGAUGCACAAGUGGGAGGAGGUGCUCCAGGGCGAGGGCUUCCAGCAGAAGAAGGGGCUCCUGUGGGGCGACCGCAGCCUCUCGUACCCUGUGCUCAUGGUGAGGACGAGGGAGCUCGUGGCUGAGUCCCUAGAUCCCGUCCUCCGCCCCAUGGGCUUCGCACCAGGGAAGCCGGGGCUCACGCGAGCGAUCCGGCAGAUGCAGGUGCUCGUGGGCGGAAGACGCCCCCCUGUGCCAACACGACUGUAUGCCCUGUCCUGCUCGACGCCCGUUGCCAUUUGGGCUCAGGCGCUCGGCCGUCUCUGA